CACUUGAUUUUCGAUCGCUUGGCGCGGCAGUUGUCAUUCCGUCUUCUCCGCCGAAUUUGUAUUUUCGCAACGCAACUCUCUCGCAAAUCUCGCGGAGCAGUAUCUGUGAGAAUUCGUGAUGUGCAAUAAAUGUGCUAAAAUUGUGUAAAAUCCAAGCCAUGCAGCUAUUUAAACAAUUAUAAUAAAGGCAGCAAGAAAACACGUUCUGAAACACAACAUCAUUAAACAACAACAACACGUACAACAACGAAGAGUGAACGGCCGAAGAGUCAACAACAGCUGCUCACAGUUUUACAACCACUGGGCGUCGACGAUCCCCCGCGACGCUCUUCCUCUUCCACUUUCGCGGGAUUCCAUGCAUGCGGCCCUACUCGCUUCUCGCUCCCACUGAAAGCACCGUUCCUCGGAGUUCGCCGGUGGCGGUGGCCCACAAACGACAACUGCCGGUCCAUCCGCUGGUAAUGUGGCAAAUGCCACCACAGCCCUAGCCGGUGGUAAAAGCUCAAGCAAUAACAUGUAUUCCACCCGCCAAUCUGUAAGCACCACAACCGGUGUACUUAUGGUCGGACCAAAUUUUCGUGUCGGUAAAAAAAUUGGCUGUGGUAAUUUUGGCGAGUUGCGUUUAGGCAAAAAUCUUUACAACAAUGAACAUGUAGCAAUAAAAAUGGAGCCUAUGAAGUCAAAGGCUCCGCAACUACACUUAGAGUAUAGGUUUUAUAAACUAUUAGGAUCACAUGCCGAUAACGCCCCAGAUGGCAUACCACGCAUUUAUCAUUUGGGCACAUGCGGUGGCCGUUACAAUGCCAUGGUUUUAGAGUUAUUGGGAUUAUCAUUAGAAGAUCUCUUCAAUAUUUGCGCCCGUAAAUUUUCACUUAAGACUGUAUUGAUGAUAGCGAAACAACUUCUCCACCGGAUCGAAUAUGUUCAUAGUCGGCACUUAAUAUAUAGGGAUGUGAAACCAGAGAACUUUCUCAUUGGCAGAACGUCAACAAAACGUGAAAAAAUUAUACAUAUAAUUGAUUUCGGUUUGGCCAAAGAAUACAUUGAUUUAGAUACAAAUAGACAUAUACCAUAUCGGGAGCAUAAGUCCCUAACUGGAACGGCACGUUAUAUGUCAAUCAAUACGCAUAUGGGGCGUGAGCAGUCGCGACGCGACGAUCUGGAGGCAUUGGGUCAUAUGUUUAUGUAUUUCUUAAGAGGUUCACUGCCGUGGCAAGGCCUGAAGGCUGAUACACUCAAGGAGAGAUAUCAAAAAAUCGGUGAUACGAAACGAGCAACGCCCAUCGAGGUGCUUUGCGAUGGACAUCCGGAAGAGUUUGCGACAUAUUUGCGUUACGUACGGCGGUUAGAUUUUUUCGAAACUCCCGACUAUGAUUUUCUGCGAAGACUGUUUCAAGACUUAUUCGAUCGUAAGGGAUACACUGACGAGGGCGAGUUCGACUGGACAGGGAAGACAAUGACCAAGGAACAGCUGGACCAAAUGAAGGUCAUUAAGAAUGCACCGCCAUCGCAUUUGGCCAAAAAUAAGUCUGACAAGUCAACGCCCGUCGGAUCUCUGCAAACUGGCCAUGAAGUCAUCAUUUCACCAAAUAAAGAUCGUCAUAAUGUUACGGCUAAGACAAAUGCCAAAGGAGGUGUUGCUGCGUGGCCUGAUGUGCCAAAGCCUGGGGCAACACUGGGCAAUCUAACGCCGGCCGAUCGGCAUGGUUCAGUGCAGGUUGUGAGUUCGACGAACGGCGAACUAAAUCCGGACGACCCCACGGCCGGACACUCAAACACGCCCAUCACACAGCAGCCGGAAGUCGAAGUGGUCGAUGAAACAAAUGGUUCCUUAUAUUCCAGAUGUUGUUGUUUCUUUAAACGAAAGAAGAAGAAAUCGACGCGCCAAAAAUGACUAGACGGUGUACAAUGUAGUCCAGAACGCGAGGCAGUCACCCUGCUGCGCGCCACUUCACAUUCAAACUCACGGGAUAGCGUAUUGAAUAAUCCGAGUCAGGAUUAUAUCCAGCAGGCAACGUCGCAGCACACGUUGCGUUAUCCUCCAUCCGCGUCGAUGCUGACGCCAACACCAACUACAAACACACCGACACUUCCGUUGUAAUUUAUAUAAAUAUAAAGCCAGAUGCAAAAUGCAAAAAGCAACAAAAAAAUAUUAAAUCAAACAAAACGAAACCCAACAACAAAACAAAAAGAAAAACAAAAGAACCCGUAAACAUUAAAUACACUAAAAAACAGUAAAAACAAACAAAAUGAAACCAAUUUUGAUUAAUUAUUGUAAUGAUUGUAUUUUAUUAUUAUUUUUAUUAUUUACCAAUUUUGCGUUUAUUAUAUAAAUUAUUAUAAUUAUUAAUUAUAUUAUUAAUUAAUGCUAUUAUAAAUAAAAAGAAAACAAAAUUCAAACGUAAUUCAAGCCGACUAGACACGACACUGCAAUUCAAGCAAAGAAUCACUCACAAUCUAGGCAGCUCCUCCCGUCGGUGUCUUGUGAAAGGAAUCGGAAAGAAAGCUCCCCAAUACCACUACCAAUACCAAUACCCCUCAGAACCCAAUUGCUCUUAACUGAAGGAAACUUAAACACACAAAAACCACUUAAAGCAUAUUUAUAUAUUAUAUACAUCUAUUAAAAGAGACGAAAACAAAACUAGUGCAGCAUCAUUUAAUGAGAGAAAGAAAACAUAUUUAUACGCAACCAACAACAACUUGUAAAUUAUAAUGAAUGAAAAAAGAAAGCGAAAAUAAACAUCAUUUUUUAAAACUAUUCAAACUUAAUAAAUGUAUGCAGCUAUAUGAAAUCAUCUAAUACCAUAAUACGUGUACCAUUGUCAGACAAAUAGCAAACCAAUAAAAAAGGUAAAAUGUUGUAUUCUGAACACUA